AUGGGAUUCGAUCUAUUAUCCGGAUACUAUAAAACUUCGCCACCAAUGUUUGUCAUGACCUCUUCUGACGAUGAUCUGUACCUUUUCAUCGAUAAUAGGCUUGUAAUGGAUGUAGGCGGUGUUCAUCGGAGGGCAGACAGGUACCUAAAUUUGGAUACCAUCGGUUUGCAACAUGGAAUCCUUUAUGCUUUUGAUCUUUACUUUUGUGAAAGAAGAAAUGCUGGCAGUACAUUUAUUUUAUCAAACAAUUUCCUCCUUGAUUGCUCAACAAGAGAUUAUUGUGGAGUAUGUAAUGGUUUCGGUGAUUGUUGUCAAAACUCAAUGUGCACUAAUGGUAAUAGCAAUAAAUGCUUAAUAAAUGGAAAAUGUCCUUCUCCAAAUAGAUAUGUUGUCGACUUGCAAUACAUUGCUCAUUAUUGUACCUAUGAUACCAUCAAUUACUCAUACCUCAAUGACAGAUGUACAACUUAUUCAUGUAACCCUGGAACUGGAGGCGCUGUUCCAAAGUCAGUUUGUCCCGACAAACCUUGUUCAAACAAAAGUUGCAGCGAGAAUUUGGGAUGCACCUAUGUCUCAACGUGUCAACCAGAGAAUAGCUGUCGUACUGCCCAAUGCGAUGCAACUGGCGAGUGCAUUCGAAAUGCUAAGAACUGUUCACUAGGAACUGACAAAUGCAAGAACUAUUACUGUAACGAAACCAACCCAAACGGAUGCACAUCCACACCAAAGUGUUCAGAAUAUGUGAUUAUCAAUAAUACUAUCAAUCAAUGCAAAUAUCACACCUGUGAUCCGAAAAUUGGCGAGUGUAUUGUCAACACUAUUGUCAACUGCAGUGCAUGUCAUGGAGAACCAGGCAAAUGUGAAUUACGAGAUUAUUGCAAUGCUGAAACUGGCAAAUGGACCUUUAAGCAAAAGGUGAUUGAUGAUGGCAAUCCUUGCACUUUGGACUCGUGCAACAACGAUACUGGUGUAAUAAACAACCCUUUUUCGUGUCCCGGAUGCACUGAAUGUGACACUAGUUCUGGAAAUAUGUCAUGCAGGAUAGAAAAUUUGAAAUGUCAAGGUUUAAACUCAUCUGUAUGUACAUUUGAUAUUUGUAUAUCUGAUGGUUCUUGUGAAUACCCAAACAUCCCAUGUCCAGCACCCAAAGAUAAAUGUGAAUUCUACACAUGCGAUCCUUAUAUCGGGUGCUUGAGACAAUCGGUUGAUUGCCCACUAAACCCCGACAAAUGCAAGGAAUCAUUCUGUCAUCCUCUGCAAGGAUGCAUAUCAAGAGAUCGAAAUUGUUCAACAGGCGUUCCUUGUAUCGACGGUAUAUGUCAGGCAGGAUACGGAUGCAAAAACAUCACUCGUGUGUGUACACCCCACAGACCAGUAUGUCAAUACGGGACAUGUAACAAUGUCACAGGAGAGUGUGAAUCCACUGAUUAUGACCCGUACCCAUUUGAGUGCAGGACAGAGGCUGUCAUUUCAAUCGGGGUAAUAGCUGGUGUCAUCAUUUCAGGUGCAGUCUUUCUCAGUAUUGCCGUGUACAGUGGUAAGAGGUUGGUUGACCACUUGCAAGAAAGACAGAAAAUCAAAAAGGCUACCAAUAAUCCAAUCUAUCAACCAAAGCCUGGAACCAAAGAUAAUCCAUUAUAUGGAGAUACUCUUAAAUAA